UGGUUGGCAUGGCGAUCAGAUGAGGGUCCAGCAACGGGCUGGGGUGUGUCAGAGACCGGAAUUGCUCCCAUAGACAAGUCGGACACAGUUGCCGCCGUAGCUAGUGUUGUUGGCUGCUGCUGUGGCUGA